AUGGAUGACCACAGGAGCAAGAAGCUGGCGUCGAUCUCCGAGAAGAAACUCGUGAGGCUCGAGAAUAAGCUGCACGUCGAGACAGUGAAAUAUAACAAUAUUGCUACAGAAAAGGAUCGGCUGAGGGAAGACAUCGAUACAAUGCUUAUUGAACAUGAGCUCUUUGAAACCGCCUACCAACAAUUACUUAAGAAGCUUGUUACUGGCAAAAAAGUCAUGUCAGACCUUAUGAAGCUUGCGACCUCCAACUUCGACCAGAGGGACGAUGCGACGAAGCAUCUGCAGGCGCUGAAGGACCGCGCAAACCAGGACCAGAUGGCACAGACCAAGGAGAUCAACAAGCUGCAGCGCUACUGCGGCCGGCAGACCAUCAUCCGCGACUUCAUGGCCACCAAGGGACACCAGAGGAUCACCGCGGACGUCGUAGCCCAGAGGAUACAGAAGAAAGAACUUCAAAAGGAAGAAAUGAAGAAGCUUCGGGAGAAGUAUCAAAAGAUUCUAGAUGACAUUAAGGAGUUUACUGAUCAGCAUGACGUCGAUGCACUAACUGUGCGCUUCAUAGAAACUCAAGAAGAAAACUUUGCUCAGUUUAACUGUUUGAACGACAUGUACAAUGAGAUUGACGAAAUGGAGAACCAGAUUAAUGAAAUUAACGAAGAGAUCGAGCGGCUGAAAGAAGAGAAGGAGACGCAGAAGGAAGAGCAGAUCCAGGAGCUGGCGAAGGUGCAGGAGGAGCUGGAGGCGAAGAGGGCGGAGCGCGAGGCGGCCGAGGACCGGCUGCAGGACCGCGACGUCUCGCUGGAGGCGCUCUUCCGCGGCAUCGAGGACCUCUUCAACGCGGCCGGCUGCGACAAGACGCCCACCGUCACACACCUCGGUGAAAACGAGCACGUGACUCAGCACAACGUGAUGAUGUUCCUGAACCUCAUAGAGCUUCGCACCGACGAACUACUGAACCAGGUAUUCUACGCCGAGAAGAGCAAACCGUGGAAGUUGGUUCCGUGCCAGCUUCCAAUCAUCAAGAUCAGGACGCCCAAAAAGCCCAAGGUCAGCCAGGGCGACAAAGGAGCUGUGGACCAGCCCCACAUCUGCAAUUGUGGGCUCGGUGUCGGGGCGGCGCGGCGUGACAGAAGAGCUCCGCCACGCUCCUCGCCGAGUGGACAAGGCGUGCGGCGCCGCGCAGAACGCGCCGUCAUCACAGGCCGGACAGGGAGCAUACAGCGGCACACGCGGCUGCACCGUUACUGCAGCCAGCUCCGCGUUCUCCAGAAACGCCGCAUCAUCCCGCACGCCGUCAGCAGGUACAGGCAACACGAGAAACACGACGAAACAGUUGUUACCUUUCAGCUCGAUAACUCUUACAGGUUCCCACUUACUAAGGUAAAGACGACGGUCAAGCUUCCUGGCAUGUGA